CCACGCUCCCGGCCCAGGUGGCUCUUUUUUGUCAUAUUGGGGCUCAGCUAGCUCCUCUGGCUAUGCACCAGAAACAUCACAGAUGAACCCUAACGGGUGAGCUUUUCCAAGUUUCCUAGAUGCUCCCAGUGCCAGCUUCUGUGAUGUCAACCCCCAGAGGAAGUCAAGUCUCCAGUUUUAUGAGAAAGGGGGUGCUCGAGGUGCCAUCCCCAACAGAGAAGGACUGGCCAAAGGAUGAUGAAGAUGAUUAUAUCUUCAUAGAUUUGGGUGAGGAGAUGGAUUCCCUGCCACAGCCUUACCGCAUGAUCAACAAGAUGGUGAACCUUCUGUUUGACAAGUGUUGGGAAGUUAUCCAGGAAAGGGAGGCACGGAGGGAAGUUGAGCUCAGCCAGACCCAGCCCACCACCUACGCUCCACUUAUAGAAAGCAAGCUCAACAAAAUGCCAAAUUGUAUGGCGAUUUCCCAAGACUAUGUCUUUAUUGGAGGAGCCAAAGGAUUCUCCAUCUAUAAUCUGUACAGUGCCAAACGAGUAUAUGGUUGGGAGAAACUUAAGGUGGAUGUCACUUCCAUCUGGGCCACAGAUUUGGGGAGUGAAAUACUUAUUGUUCCCGUGGAUGAAAUGGGCAUUGCUAGACUGUUCUAUUUUUACAAGGAUGGUCUUUUCCUCAUCAAAGCCAUCAAUGAAGCGGAUGAUGCCAGCAAGCAAACCACCUGUGUGAAGGUGGAGAUCUCUCAAGGAGGGGGUUUCGCAGCCUUCCUCCUACAAGGAGCUGGGGACACUUGGCUGGAUGUGUACAAAUUGCCCAAGGAGUCUUGGCUCAAGGAGGUGGAGCACCCCCAACCAGCUCUAAAUCCGAAGAAGAAAGUCAGACAGCCACAACCGAAUCCUCUUGAACCUGUGACUUCAGAGGAUUUAGAAACGGAUAUGAUGGUUUGUUUUAGAGGAGACAUUAAGUUGAGUCUUCCAGUUCACAUAAUGAAGAUCAAACCACCCAAACCAGUUACAGGUACCACGUUCAAAAGCCCCCUGGAAAUCUUUGCCAAGGUAGAGGACUACUAUGGCCUGGGCUCGGGGCAGAACCACUUCAUCAAGGACAGUCAGUGGGAGCAGCAGGCGGCCAUCUUGCACGCCUCAUACAGGAAGGACCCGGACACGGAGUGGGAGGAGGAGCCACUCAGCUUGGCCACAUUCCAUUUCCUCCUUCCCAGCAGCAUGAUUGCAAUGCCGGCAGAAGUCAAGAGCCCCUCGGGGGUAGCCUGUGUCCUUGGCAUACACUGGCCUGGAAAUCACAACUUCUUCCUCUAUUCACUUCACCGAACUCUGAAGGAUAAAGUCGACCCGGAGAGCGUGUGGCCCUGCGCCGCGCCCAUUACGGUCUCCCAGCUCAGCCGCACCUGCACCUUCCUAGUGCUGGCCUGCGAGGAUGGCGUGCUCACGCUGUUGGACCUGGCCGAAGGUUUCCCUCUUGGGGUCAUCGCUCUUCCCAAGGGUUGUUCCUGCCAGAGCAUUCACUUCAUGAAGUAUUUCUUAGUCCAUGAAGGAAAGAACAUGUAUCCUGAGAAUCCCUUGAAAUCCCAAAUGAAGUGUGUGGUGCUGUGCACAGACUCUUCUCUCUACCUGGUGACAGCCAGAGGGACCCAAGGACCCAGCGUCAGUGUGCUCGCUGAGAGGCCUAUAAAGCACCUGGAUGAGGCCAUCUGUGCAGUGGCCCCGGUCCAAGCCUUACCUGGCAUGUUGCUGCUCUUCUACGAGAACGGCUCUGUACAGCUCAUGGAUGUGGCCAAGCCUCAGAUCAUCUGUGCCUUUGCUCUACCCAGAACCUACCAUCUGGUGGUCCCCUGGAAGCCCUUGUUUGUCGUGUCUCUUCGACACCCGUGUUUCCUGCUCCGAGGAGACCAUCCCGACGAAACUGAAUCCAGCAACACCAAGGACAUCCAGAGUUCUGUUUUCUAUUUCAACCUCGAGGCCUACCCACUCCUGGAAAAUCUGUCCAAAAAUCACACCAUUCCGGAAGCUGACAUGACCGAGAACGCGGCCUUUGCCCAGGUGCUGCCCUUGGAGAAAAGAUGCGAGCGUUUCCUCCAGAAGAGGUUCCAGAAGCUGGAGAAGAAGGCGAAGGAGCAGGAGCACUGGACGCGGCUUCGCAGGUAUUCCUUGCUUCUCCAAAGAGAGAACUUCAGGAAGUGACCGGGCCGCUGCUCUGGGCUCUCUGAGAAGGUUGGCCGCAGGCAGGCUUCCCCCGAGGGUGCCCUGAGGCCAGGCGACGCGGGGACAGGGCUGCA